AAAUUCACAUUCCAUAAACAGAAUGUAGAGUCAAAUCCUUGAAUUUACUUCUCUAUGGUUACCAAAAAAGAGAAAAAUUUAACCUUCUGAGCUCCCAAACACCCCUCUUAACCCAUUAUCAUUCUUUUUUCUCUUGUCGUCUCCUCAUCUCUGGGGGUUGGGUGGUUUGAUUUUAUUCUCUGGGUUUUUCUGAGGAGAAGAGAGUUGGAAAAGAGGAAGUUUUGGGUGGGUUUUGAUUCUGAUAUUUGGAAAUUGGUCUUUUUCUCAGUUUCAAGUUGUUGUUCUGCAUUACUCAAAUUGGUUGUACGGAUUAAGGCUUUGUUAGGAUGAUGAGCAGUAAGAUGGUUACUGAAUCAGAGAUGAGGAGACUACCCACAAUUCACCAUCAUAGACAGUCGACUGGUGAUGCUGAUAGUGAAAUCGGCAGCGUUGAUUAUGACACUUACACAGUCGUCCUACCACCCACCCCUGAUAACCGGCCAGCCCCAAUUGAAAUCUCUAUGCAGCCGGUGAGAACUGAUAAUCAAGGCUUGUCGAAUUCUAUGUUUAGUGGGGUUAACAAUCGUGUUACGCGUACCUUUUCAAAAGUAAAGGUUGUAGGUUCUGAUGCAAAAGGGUCAUUCUGUGCGGUACCCGGGUGUGGUUCUAGGAUGAUGAGUGAUGGCCAGGGUAAUGAUAUAUUCCCUUGUGAAUGUGGAUUCAAGAUUUGUGGGAAUUGUUAUAAGGAUGUAUUAGAAGCUGGGGAUGGGAUUUGUCCUGGAUGUAAAGAGCCGUACAAGGGGUUGGAUGAGUCUGAAUUGGUAGCGGAAAGCCACAGAAAGAUGUCCGAACAGGCGAAAAGUUUGUCCAUAGUGAAAUCAACAAAGUUAAGGGGGAGCCAGAGUGGUGAGUUCGAUUAUACAGGAUUCUUGUUUGAAUCUAAGAGGAGUUAUGGUUAUGGAAAUGCUGUGUGGCCAGCUGAUGGUGUGGAUGGGAACAAUGAUGGGGUUGGUGGUGGUGGUGGUGGUGGUGGUCCUCAAUUAUGUUCAGAAAAGCGGUGGAAGCCUCUUUCCCGGAAAGCGAAGAUACCAGCUGGGGUUCUUAGUCUGUAUCGGAUCUUAAUUCUUCUUCGAAUGGUGGCCCUUGGCUUAUUUUUGCAAUGGAGGAUCAGAAACCCGAAUGAAGAUGCAAUCUGGUUGUGGCUUAUGUCUGUGGUUUGUGAAAUCUGGUUUGCUUUCUCUUGGCUGCUAGACCAGCUCCCUAAGCUUUGCCCGAUUAAUCGUGCUACUGACCUUGAUGUUCUUAAAGAGAAGUUCGAAACACCUAGUCCAAAUAAUCCUUCAGGAAAAUCUGAUCUACCGAGCAUAGAUGUCUUUGUUUCUACUGCAGAUCCGGAGAAAGAACCACCACUUGUCACUGCAAAUACCAUUCUUUCAAUUCUUGCAGCUGAUUAUCCUGUUGAAAAACUUUCUUGUUAUGUUUCUGAUGAUGGAGGUGCCUUAUUAACCUUUGAGGCCAUGGCAGAGGCUGCUAGUUUUGCCAGACUUUGGGUUCCUUUCUGCAGGAAACAUGACAUUGAGCCAAGGAAUCCGGAAUCCUAUUUCAAUCUGAAGAGAGAUCCUUACAAAAACAAGGUACGACCAGAUUUUGUAAGAGAUCGCAGGCGGGUAAAACGUGAGUAUGAUGAGUUCAAGGUUCGGAUCAAUGGCCUGCCUGAUUCAAUCCGGAGACGUUCUGAUGCCUUCAAUACAAGAGAAGAGGUUAAGGUUUUGAAACGUUGGAAAGAGAGCAAUGAUGAUGAACCAAUGGAAAGUUUGAAGAUCCAGAAAGCUACUUGGAUGUCUGAUGGAACCCAUUGGCCUGGCACUUGGCAAGUUCCUGCCCCUGAGCACUCUAGAGGUGAUCAUGCCAGUAUCAUACAGGUGAUGUUGGAUCCACCAAGUGACAAACCACAGAAAGGUGCAGAAGGUGAUGGAAAUUCCAUGGAUCUAUGUGAAGUUGACAUUCGUCUUCCAAUGCUGGUUUAUGUCACUCGUGAAAAGCGACCUGGCUACGAUCACAACAAGAAGGCAGGGGCCAUGAAUGCUCUUGUUCGAGCCUCUGCAAUCAUGUCCAAUGGUCCGUUUAUUCUUAAUCUUGACUGUGAUCACUACAUCUUCAAUUCCCAAGCAUUGAGAGAGGGAAUGUGCUUUAUGAUGGACCGUGAUGGGGACCGAAUUUGUUAUGUUCAGUUUCCUCAGAGGUUUGAAGGGAUUGACCCAUCUGAUCGCUAUGCCAAUCACAACACUGUUUUCUUUGAUGUUAACAUGAGAGCUCUUGAUGGGAUUCAGGGUCCAGUAUAUGUUGGAACAGGAUGCCUCUUUCGCCGUACUGCCAUUUAUGGCUUCGAUCCCCCUCCGUCGGAAGAAGGAAGCGGUUGCUGCAGCUGCUGUUUUCCUCGGCCCAAGAAGUUAUCAACCAGUUCAUCUGCCUCUGAAGCUGACUCUGAAGAGAAUAUGUUGCGGAAUGAUGAUGAAAUGAAUCUUUUUCUCGUUCCUAAGAAAUUUGGAAACUCUAGCUUGCUUGUUGAGUCCAUCCAGGAGGCAGCAAUUCAGGGCCGGCCACUGGCAGAUCACCCUUCUAUAAAAAAUGGACGUCAACCUGGUGCACUCACUAAUCCUAGGAAGCCUCUUGAUCCAACCAUUGUUGGAGAAGCAAUCAAUGUCAUCUCCUGCUGGUAUGAAGACAAGAGUGAAUGGGGGCAAAGUGUUGGGUGGAUUUAUGGGUCAGUGACAGAGGAUGUGGUAACAGGGUAUAGGAUGCAUGAACGCGGUUGGAGGUCUAUAUAUUGUGUGACUAAGAGAGAUGCCUUCCGUGGAACUGCUCCAAUAAAUCUCACAGAUAGACUUCACCAGGUUUUACGCUGGGCUACCGGUUCUGUUGAGAUAUUUUUCUCCCGCAACAAUGCACUUAUAGCAGGCGGUCGGCUCAAGUUUCUGCAAAGAAUUGCUUACCUUAAUGUUGGAAUAUACCCUUUCACUUCCUUAUUUCUUAUUGUUUACUGCUUCCUCCCUGCCCUUUCCCUCUUUUCUGGUCAGUUCAUAGUUCAGACCCUCAACAUUACCUUCCUCGUCUACCUCUUGGUAAUCACCCUUACCCUCUGUGCUCUUGCCGUGCUUGAGAUCAAGUGGUCUGGCAUUGCACUUGAAGAAUGGUGGAGGAACGAGCAGUUUUGGUUGAUUGGAGGCACAAGUGCUCAUCUUGUUGCAGUGCUUCAGGGGCUACUAAAAGUGAUUGCAGGAAUUGAGAUAUCAUUUACAUUGACAUCAAAAUCAGCUGGGGACGAUGUUGAUGAUGAAUUUGCUGAUCUCUAUAUCUUUAAAUGGACAUCUCUGAUGAUACCGCCACUCACAAUCAUAAUGGUCAACUUGAUUGCAAUAGCUGUUGCAGUUUGCCGCACAAUAUACAGCACUUCACCAGCGUGGAGCAAGUUGAUAGGAGGCGUUUUCUUCAGUGUCUGGGUAUUGGUUCAUUUAUACCCCUUUGCUAAGGGUCUUAUGGGAAAACGCGGCAAGACACCAACUGUUAUAUACAUUUGGUCUGGUCUAGUGGCCGUUAGUAUCUCUCUGCUUUGGGUUGCUGUCAAUCCCCCAUCAGGAAAUUCCGAUAUUGGAGGAAGCUUCCAGUUCCCCUGAGUUGAAUAGGACCCUGAGCCAGGCAGCCAUUGCUAUACUCAUUCUUUGUAUACCUAUAGUCUGUAGAUGUUUUCUUUAGCCUUCAGUUCACGUUGAUAUUGCUGCUCUGACGAUACCAUUGUUUCAUUUGUUUCUUGAUAUAUGAAAAAUGUUUUUUGAUACACUAAAUCAUUAUGAAGUACACGUCCAGCCUGGAUAAUAGAGUAGAAAGCUAGUU